AUGGUCCAGUUUAGACACACACACAGGAAACAGCACGACGAGGGUCUGAUAAAGUCUGAGUACUUCCUGGUGCUCGGUGGGUUUGAGGGUUUGUGGAGUUACUCACAGGGUCCGGAGUUCGGGGACUUGAACUACAACAACCUGGUGGAGUUUCCGUCGGCCAUCCGCUCGCUGAGCCACCUGAAGGAGCUCGGUUUCCACAGCAACAACAUCCAGUCCAUCCCAGAGCACGCUUUCACUGGGAACCCAUCACUGACCACCAUAUUUUUUUAUGACAAUCCCAUCCAGUCUGUCGGACGCUCCGCCUUUCAGAACUUACCCGAACUGCGGACCCUGGAUCUGAGCAUGAAUAAUCUGACUGCGGUGUCCAGCGGAGCUCUGUCUAACCUGCACUUCCUGGAGGAGCUGGAUCUGAGCAUGAAUAAUCUGACUGCAGUGUCCAGCGGAGCUCUGUCUAACCUGCACUUCCUGGAGGAGCUCCGUCUGGCCGGGAAUGACCUGGCCUUCAUCCCAAAAGGAGCCUUCACCGGCCUCUACAACCUCAAAGUGCUGAUGCUGCAGAACAACCAGCUGAGGUCUGUUCCUGCCGAGGCCUUCAGGAACCUGCACAACCUGCAACUCAUGAUGGACUCACUAAUUGUUCACAAACAGGUUCUUCCUCUCUUUGUGUUGGAGCAGAACCAGACCAGAGAGUUUUCCCACAUUUACCCUGGCUCUGCAUCUCCCGACAGACGCCUGGACGCCAACCACAUCUCGCGGGUCCCCCCCGGCUGCUUCUCGGGGCUGCGCUCCCUCCGCCACCUGUGGCUGGACGAUAACUCCCUGCGGGAGGUCCCGGCGGAGGCCCUGGGGGAGCUGCCCGCCCUGCAGGCCAUCACGCUCGCCCUCAACCACAUCGCCCACAUCCCCGAGCACGCCUUCAGCCGCCUGGGCCGCCUGGUGGUGCUGUACAUUGUGACAGAGUGUCAAAAACCAUCAACAGAGGAGUCAGUUCUUUCUGAGGUAAUGCUGCCCACACCAUCAAGGAAGCGAAAGCUGUCGUCUCAACCAUCGUCAACAUCUGCUGUUCUUGACGAUGCUCCUUCAAGGCCUUCUGUUAGGAAACCAUCAACAGAGGAGUCAGGUCUUUCUGAGGUAAUGCUGCCCACACCAUCAAGGAAGCGAAAGCUGUCGUCUCAACCAUCGUCAACAUCUGCUGUUCUUGACGAUGCUCCUUCAAGGCCCUCUGUUAGGAGAAAAGCCACACAGAAGAAAUCACCGUGGACGCAGACAGAGAUACGAGCGUUUGAGCUCAGGGUCCAGAAAGAGCCCGAUGAGGACGGGGAACAGAGGGAUGAAAGAGGGGCCGCAUACAUUAGCCCUUUCUUCCACAAAGCUCUGGAUGCUGAUUGGUUGGAGCACAGUCCAGGUUUCCACCGUCUGGUGGUCCAUCCCAGAGGCCCCGAGCCCAGAGGGGGGGGGGGGGGGGGAGGGUACCCCCUGGCGGGGGGCUGGAGAGCCCUCAGUAUCUCUGUGGAGCUCACAGAGGUUUCCAAACUAACCUCCAUCUGUGUUCUGGUUCCCCGGGACCGCCCGGAGCCCCAGGUCCGCGCAGUCGGCCCGGUGCCGCAGCCCGUGGCCCUCGCAGCGGCAGCGGGGGGGGCACGCGGAGCCCCGGGGUCCGGCCGCCAGCAGCGCGAGGGCCGCCAGCAGAGCCGCAGGCACGCGCAUGUCCGGCGCGCGCUCCCCCUCGAGCCUCCGGGUUUCUCCGGGUUUCUCCGGGUUUCCCCGGUCUGA